UGUAAAUGUACAUUGAAACCGUUUCAUUGGUGGUUGGGCCGUGCGCUCAGAGAUUCAGAGUAGGGGAAUUUUCCUCCUCCCCAUCACUGUCGCCGGGAAACUGCUGCCAGAAGAACACAGCGCAAGGGAGGUCUGGGUGAUGUGGAUGUAAACUAGGCUAUGGGACUGAACGUCCAUCCUCUCUAUAUGACACCAUGAACCCUGCCUCGGGCGGCGCUGCCGACUCCCGCAGCCAGCUAGACAAUAGCAACAGAAAGCAGCCGCAACAGCGCGCUGCCUCCCCGGCUGGCGGCAAAGACAUUGGAUCUAAAGAGACACCGAAAAGCAGCGCUCCGUCAAAGAGCAUCACGUCAAAGCAGUGCGGAGGAGGGAGAGGCAGCCGCGGCAGCUCCCCGGUCUCCACGGCAACCAGCAAAGACAGACUGUCUUCUUCUUCUUCUUCCAAAGGCGCGGCAAGCGUGGCAGGCGCGACCCCUGUCCAGUCCGAUGGUGCUGAAAUCCAUACGUUGACCAGGGCGGCGGCGGCUGGGAGCGGCAGAGGAGCGGCAGAGGAGCGCAGUAGUCAGUCUGAAGACUCGCGUUGUACUGAUAUAUCGUGUUUGAAGGGGGAUACAACACGGGUUGUUUCUGAUCAGCCUUGUUCAUCCAAAUCUCCUAAAUUGAAGAACAAUAACCCGAGAAGAGGGGGAGGAGAAGGCGAGGCUAGCAGCACAGCUACCGGCAACAAAAAGAGCUCCGGCAAGAGCAGUGUGGGCUGCGGCCCUGGCUUCUGGAGAGAGGGAUGUUUGCAGUCUGAGCUGAUCCAGUUUCACCUGAAUAAAAGCUUAAAGAAAGGAGGAGGAGGAGGAAAGAUGAAGACGAAGACACCGUCUCCCCCGGAGCCGGUCACGGAAACGGCGGAACCAGAGGAUCUCUCCCCUGAGGCCAUCGUUAACGAGCCCGAGCCGGUACCUGAGCCCGACCAGCUAUUUCAGGAGGAGAUAGAGAAACUAGAGGAUGAAAAUGACGAGCUAAAGACGGAGAUAGAGGAGAUGAGAGCGGAGAUGGACGAGAUGAGAGACACGUUCUAUGAAGAGGACGCCUGCCAGCUGCAGGACAUGCGUCGCGAGCUGGAGCGAGCCAAUAAGAACUGCCGGAUUCUCCAGUACCGUCUGAGGAAGGCGGAGAGGAAGAGGAUGAGGUUUGCUCAGACCGGAGAGGUAGACGGAGAGCUACUGAGAGCCCUGGAGCAGGACUUGAAGGUAGCGAAGGAUGUAUCAGUGCGUCUGCACCAUGAGUUGGAGAACGUGGAGGAGAAAAGGACGAAGACGGAGGAGGAGAACGAGCAGCUAAGGCAAAAGCUGAUAGAGGUGGAGGUGACCAAACAGGCCCUGCAAAACCAACUGGAGAAGGCCAAAGAGCUGUCGCUGAAGAGGAGAGGAGGCAGGGAUGUUCAGAAAGAGAAGAGGAUCCCACAGACUCCAAUUGAGGAGGACAACGAAGAUCUGAAAUGCCAGCUAGCCUUCAUCAAGGAGGAAGCCGUUUUAAUGAGGAAGAAGAUGGCUAAAAUUGACAAGGAGAAGGACCGGCUGGAACACGAGCUGCAGAAGUACCGCUCGUUCUACGGGGACGUGGACAGUCCUGGGCCCAAGGGAGAGGCUGGGGGACCCGCUACCACCCGGGAGUCAGAGCUGAAACUGCGACUGAGACUGGUGGAGGAGGAAGCCAACAUCCUGGGGAGGAAGAUCGUAGAGCUGGAGGUGGAGAAUAGAGGACUGAAGGCUGAACUGGAGGACAUGAGAGACAGGGAUGAGGUGGCUGGAGGCUCGGCUGAGCAUGGCUGCAGCAGGGAGCAGGGAGAGGAACUCAGGGAGCUGAGACAGCAGCUACAGCUGGUGGAGGACGAGGCAGAGCUACUUAGGAGGAACCUGCAGGACUCAGAGGAGGACAACAACAAGGUGACGGGAGAGCUGAACAAGCUGAAGUACAAGGAGGGCUCCAGGCACGGCGCUGGUGGUGGAGGAGGUGGUGCCGGGGCGGCUGCAGACCGGGCCAAGGUGGAGGUCCUGCAGGAGGAGCUAAAGGCUGCCAGGCUACAGAUCAACGAGCUGAGUGGCAAGGUGAUGCAGAUGCAGUAUGAGAACCGAGUCCUCCUGUCCAACAUGCAGCGCUACGACCUGGCAUCACACCUGGGCAUCAGGGCCAGCCCCCGGGAAAGUGACGCAGAGAGUGACGGAGGAGACGACGCCUCCACCUCGUCACGCUUCCCACCCCACCGUAAACGAGAAGGCCCCAUCGGAGGGGAGAGCGACUCGGACGAGGUGCGUAACAUCCGGUGCCUGACCCCCACCCGCACCCUCUACUCCCCCGAGAGCCGCUUCCUCCCCCGCAGCCUGAAGGACCGGCAGCAGAUGGUAGACAUCCGUAUAGAAGCAGAGCGGCUGGGCCGCACCAUCGACAGGCUGAUAGCAGACACCAGUACCAUCAUGGCUGAGGCACGGGUCUAUAUGGUCUCCAACGGGGAGCUUUACGAGGAGGAAGGGAGCACCGUCAGGGAGCACGAGUUGUUGUACAGGAUCACCGCUCAGAUGAAGGCCUUCAGGAAGGAGCUGCAGGGCUUUAUAGACAGACUGGAUGUCCCCAAGCCAGAGGACAAAGAGGAGGAACCACUGUCUAUGUUUCAACCCAUCAUUCUGCUCAUCCUCAUCCUCGUCCUGUUCUCUUCACUCUCCUAUACCACCAUCUUCAAACUCGUCUUCCUCUUUACUCUCUUCUUCGUCCUGUAACGUCCGUCUCACUUUGCAUAGACACAUAUUUUUGUUUAGUCAUAUUUGGUUUU